AUGAUUAUUAGAUUAAAUUACUUUUUUAUAACAUUAUUAGUAGUAUUUUCUAUUAAUAAAACAACUUAUGGCAACGGAUCCGAUGAUUACGACUAUUCUUUAGGCAACGAAUCAAACAGUAGUCUAUCGGACGAUGGUUUGGAUGACACGACGGAUGACAGCGACCACUGUUCCGAUGAUGUGUUGCUCAAUAAGUUCAUCGAUAUCUUCAUUCCCGACGAUUACGAAGAAGGAAAGGCUAAUAUCAAGAGAUCGAUGGGAACUAUGAAUGAGACAAUGGCUGCCAUUCGACGGCUCCAGACUUUGGGACAAAAUAUCAGCGAAAAAAUGAGUGAAUUUAAUAAACGUAUGACUAAUCGGAUGUCAGAAAUGCUGAUGACUAUAAACUUGGAGCCCACGUGUAUGGCGUCGAUAAUGCGGAUCAUGACUGGUGUCCGUAAUGGAGAGGUUUGGGCCAUGAAAUUUUUUGACGCUCAGCCCCGACUCCAGUCAGGAAUGGUUGAUAUGACUGGUUUUCCGUUCGGUAAUUACGACCAAUGCAUGGGUAUAGAGGGUCCCGACGAAGACGAUAAGCCCAAAAUUCGGGGCCAGUAUUGCGGUAUUGAUGUGAGAGAUAAUCUGAUUGUAAUGUCCCUCCCGAGAGAAUAUGUGGACAAUUUGAAGCAAAAUCUGCCAAAAACUGAUACUUUUAAUUACAAGAAUUUUUUCAAUCAAUUCUUUGCGAACUAUCGACGAGUCUUCUAUCGGAUGACCGCCGAUGAUAUGAUCAGUGGACUCGAGUUUAUCGAUAAUCAACUUUUCCAAAAUAUGAAAAUACUAAACGGUUUCUGUUUGCCCACCACUUGUCGACCCCGGGAUGUGUCUCUCGCUCUCAAUCAGAUCAUGUAUCCAAUCACUCGCAUACCAAUCACUUUGAGCGACGAUUGCGAGUACGCGGAUAAACCAAUUAAACUCAAUAGUUAUGAACAAAUCUCAAUAAUAGGGAUAUUAUCUUUGGUGGUGUUGUUUGUGGUGAGCAAUAUAAUCAUGUGCUGCUCUUCCGACUCAUACACCAGGCGUGUAAUCAAAGGCACUUUCAUCGAGUUUAUAGCGAGAUAUUAUUGGGUUAAAACUAGCGCCGCGUCUAUAUUUAAUAUGAAGCAGCAUGGUAAAUUUAAGGCUUUGGACGGCUACCGGGCCUGUCUAACAAUUUGGGUGGUCAUACUUCACACCUACGAGUUCGGCAAUAUCAUGAUGAACAACAAAAACUACUUUCUUGGCUCAUCCUAUAAGAUGAUUCACGACUAUAGGAAUAUGAUAUUUCCCAAUAUUUUGCUCAUGGACAAUUUUAUGAUUAUUACAGAGCCGUGCUAUGAUAAGUGGUAUAAACCUCUUACAAUGACCAAUAAUAUACUCUAUUAUCCAAACGAAAACACAACUAUAUUAUCAUCAGUUCAGUGUAUGACAAUAACAUGGUACUCAUCAAUGGACUUCCAACUGUAUGCAAUGGCACCGAUAGCUUUUAUAUUGUUGUACCGAUACGGCAGGCGAGGGGUGUAUAUGGUAAUCGGCCUAUUACUUGUAGCAAUCGGACUACCAGUAUUUUACAAAUUUGUGAUGGGUCAUAUACAUGUGUACGAGAUAAUUAGCCAUACAAACGCUCGGGAGAUCAUGUUGGGCUGGAAAACACACUAUUGGGGCCCGAUCAAUUAUGUUCAGACAUUCAUUAUAGGCAUGUUAUUAUCCUGCGCUGUUCGAUAUCGACCCGAUAUAUAUCUGGGCGGCACUAUUGGUCAUCUGAUCCUAUGGUUUGGCACCGCAUGUAUUACUUUGGGUCACAUGUAUUGGCAGCGAAGAAUGAUCAUGCCUGGAUUUCAAUACGCAGAGGGCGAACAGCUUCUCUAUUUAAUCAUUCAUAAGCCCGUAUAUCUCGCGUGGUUUGCAUGGCUUAUAUACGCCACUUCCACAGGAAGGGGAGAUCCGUUCUUCAUCAAACAGAUGCAUGUGUUUGUGUUUGUCUAUAGGAUUGGUAUGCAAAGAGAGCACCGGACAUACAAUGAAUAUUAUAUUUGGUCGUCAUCGAUGGCCGACUUUGUAUUCAGUUAUAUAUUGGGAGUGAUCACUGGUUUUCUAGUGAGCCGUCCGUUUGCGGCGAUGACCACAGCAUUGCUUCGUCCGCCACAACGCGUUCCCAAAGCAGUGGUCAAUGAGGAGGGAUUGGACGCCAAGAAUACCCAUAAUAACGAUAUUACAACUUAUGGCAACGGAUCCGAUGAUUAUGGAUACUCUGUGGACAACCAAUCAAACAGUAGUUUAUCGGACGAUGGUUUGGAUGACACGGCGGAUGACAGCGACCACUGUUCCGAUGAUGUGUUACUCAAUAAGUUCAUCGAUAUCUUCAUUCCCGACGACUACGAAGAAGGAAAGGCUAACAUCAAGAGAUCGAUGGGAACUAUGAAGGAGACAAUGGCUGCCAUUCGACGGCUUCAGACUUUUGGCCAAAAUAUCAGCGAAAAAAUGAGUGAAUUUAAUAAACGUAUGACUAAUCGGAUGUCAGAAAUGCUGAUGACUGUAGACUUGGAGCCCACGUGUAUGGCGUCGUUAGUGCGGAUCAUGACUGGUAUUCAGAAUGGAGAGGUUUGGGCCAUAAAAUGA